AUGGGACAGAGUCAGUCAACCAAUACUCGUAAAGGCGACAGCCAAGCCGAGGAUGGGAGUGACCAUCGAGCUGACUACUACAAGUUGCUGGAUUUGGAACGCGACGCAUCAGAGGAAGAGCAAGUCUUUGAUCGCUAUCAUUCUUCUUUGGAACUGCAUCCUGACAGAAACUAUGACAAUGUAGAAGCUGCAACCAAAUUAUUCGCCGAAGUGCAAUGUGCAUACGAAGUUCUAUCCGAUCCCCAAGAAAGGGCAUGGUACGAUUCGCACCGAGAUGUUAUUUUCACGGAAGAUGGAUCGCAAGGUGGUGAUGAAGGGGGCACACCAGGACGGUUUCGAAUGACAACAUCUGAAAUCACAAAUCUGUUGUUGAGGUUCAACCCUCGCAUGGACUUUUCAGAUUCCCCCAACGGGUUUUUCGGCGGCCUGAGAGACGUUUUCGAUCAGAUCGCACGCGAAGAGGAGCUCGCGUGCCGGUGGGAGAAUGCACAACCCGAAGACUAUCCGAGUUUCGGCCACAAGGACGAUUCCUUUGACGAUGUGGUGCGUCCAUUCUACGCAGUCUGGGCCAAUUUCUCAACGAGCAAGUCCUUUGCGUGGAAGGACACGUACAAAUUGAACGAAGCCCCGGACCGUCGAAUCCGGCGGUUGAUGGAGAAGGAAAACAGGAAGCUCCGAGACGAUGCGAUACGGGAAUACAAUGACGCUGUGCGCUCACUUGUCGCGUUUGUGAAAAAGCGCGACCCGCGGUACAAGUCGAAUAUGCAAAGUGAGGCUGAGCGACAGCGUACGUUACGUGAAGCCGCCGCUGCGCAGGCUGCCCGGUCUCGCGCCGCUAAUCAAGCCAAGCUACAAGAGCACGUUACGCCAGACUGGGCUCGGGUGGAAGAAGUCGAAGACGAAGAGAAUGACAGCUCGGAAUCCGAAGUGGAACACUUUGAAUGCAUCGUCUGCGACAAAACAUUCAAAAGCGAAAAGCAAUUCGAGGCUCACGAGCGCAGCAAGAAGCAUACAAAGGCAGUCAAGCAGCUCCGCAUGGAAAUGAGGUUUCAAGAUGAAGAACUACAGCUCUUUGAAGAUUUGAAGGUGGAGGAAAAGUCCGGGGAACGAGAACCCAAUGAUUCAGCUACUACCGGACCAGAUACGAUAGCAGAGGAGAUACAAACACCAUUGCAAGCUUCCAAGGAUCCGAAUGACCCUAAUCAAGACUCCCUACCCCAAACGGCCUCGCCAUCAUCUGCUUCGGACGAUGAUGACGACUACACAGCCCGAGAAGAAGUGCAGUCCAGAAUAAAUGCUGACCAUUCAAAUCAAGGGAACUCUGAUGUUGAAGCACCAGAUCCUCUGAAAGAGCCAUCUCCUAGCGAUAAUAUAGACGCUCCAAUACCAAAAAUAGGAAAGGCCAAACAAAAGAGGGCCAAAAAGGCAGCAGCACAGGCGACAGGAUCCCAGCAUAGCUGCUCGCAGUGCCAUGACGUGUUUCCCUCUCGAACACAGUUGUUCUCGCAUAUAAGAGAGGAGGGACAUGCUCAGGCAGUUCCAAAGGCACAGCCUUCACAGAAGAAGGGUAAGAAGAAAUAG